AUGAGCUCGCUGUGGCACGUCCAGAACGAUCCAUUCCCUAACCUAACUUGGGCAACAGUAUCUUGGAACAUGGGAGCUGCAUUGUUCCCUCUGCUCUUUGUUCCUCUGACUGAAAACCUGGGUCGAAUGCCUGGUUACUUUGCAUCGUAUAUCAUCUUCAUCAUUUUCCUCUUUCCGUCAGCAUUUGCACAGAACUUUGCCACCAUGAUUGUUACUCGAUUUAUUGGAGGCGGUGCAUCAUCAGUCAGUAUCAACUUAGUAGGAGGUUCUAUCUCCGAUCUAUAUCGUACAGAGAAAGAGAGAUCAAUCCCGAUGUCUAUCUUCGGAUGGACUUCUGUAGUUGGCAUUGCACUUGGGCCGUUCAUUGGUGGAGCCAUUCAACGUAACCUCAAUUGGAGAUGGAUUUACUAUAUUCAGAUCAUCUUCAAUGCAGGAUGUCUUCCCAUUUUCUGGCUUCUUCUCAAGGAGACUCGUGGCGACGUUAUUCUCGCUAGGAAGGCCAAAAAGCUUCGCAAAGAAGGCCGCAACGCUUAUGCUAAAAGCGAGCUUAACAAAGAUAGCGUACUCGAGAUGCUUAAGGUAUCUUUCAAAAGACCUACCAAGAUGCUCUUGACAGAGUAUACUGUCGCUUCGUUCACUCUUUGGGUGUCAUUCGCCUGGGGCCUACUCUUCUUGUUUCAAUCGUCGAUUACACAGACAUUCAGCACGAAUUAUGGAUUCAGUGUCUUCCAGACCUCGCUCAUACAGUUGUCUCUGAGUGCAGGGGCCACGAUAGCUACUAUCGUUAAUCCCAUACAAGACCAGCUUUAUCUAAGAUCAGCAAGCAGAAACAAAGAGUCUCCAGGAAAGCCUAUACCAGAGGCUAGACUCUAUUUCUCCAUCCCGGGCUCUCUGAUCUUUACAGCAGGAUUGUUCGUCUAUGGAUGGACCUCUUACACUUUCGUACCAUGGAUCGCACCAGCUAUUGGAAUUGCAAUGGUUGGUUUCGGUAUCUAUUCAAUCUACCAAGCUGUGGUGAACUACUUUACGGAUGCUUACAGCAAGUAUUCGGCCUCGGCACUUUCAGCGGCCUCAUUUGGAAGGAAUACGUUCGGAGCCUUCCUCCCUCUCGCAUCUCCUCAAUUGUAUUCCAACCUUGGCUACCAAUGGGCCUCGACUUUGCUGGGCUUGGUUGCCCUGGUUCUGAGUUUGGCUCCUGUAUUUCUUCUUGUCAAAGGCUCUGCUAUCCGAGCCAGGAGUCCAUUCAUGGCAGAAUCUGCAUACGACGACGAAGAUGCCGAAGAGAGAAAGAACGGAUCAGUGGCGGAACCAGCAGGCCGAGCGGGUGGCAAUCCUGGACCUCACGGACAAGCGGUACCUGCUACUGUGUAG